ACAGUACUACGCUAUCUUCUGCUUCUACUCUGGUCAGCAUUUUUCGAGACUAGUUCGAAACAUACUAUGUCAACUUGCAUUCAUGUUGUCCAAUCCGGUUACACCCGACGGGGGCGUUGGAAGCACCUUGGCCAAGGACAGCCAUCAACAUGCAUCGUGGCCCCGCCCACGUUAACUGACGUAUCGCGUCAGGGCGCGUCGCUUGUGUUGGUCGUCCCGACUGAUAGCCGACGGGUUCUGUGUACCGGGUCAAGUUCGUCGAAAAUGCUCACCCCAGCCCGGUUCGUGCGCCAUCAAGGCCGUCUGUCUCGAGCGUUCCUCAAGGAAAAGGAACAUUCAAAGCGAGCAACAAACGUGGGGGUGUGGACUGACGUAACCAUUGUCCUGCAGGUCGGGCCUUGCCGUGAACACGAGUUUCAUUUCCCGCGGCACUCUUGUACCUUCGCAGCGACGACUGCGAGAUCCACCCCACAAUCAACCCUCCACUCCCAAUCCACCAGGUGCUAUCUUCCCCUUACCCACCCCUAUCCUUUCCCCGGGAUACGAGAUGCCGCUCAACAUUGAAUGGAACGGUGAAGACGGCCGUAAGCGCCACCGUCCGAAAGCCUCCACCAUCCAUGGUUGGCUUUGCAUGUGGCGCGGUACAUUCAUGGGUAACGAGAAAGUUCGCCAACAGGGUCGGAGGGAGAUGAAGGAAGCGGCAGCUCUGAGAACAUAUAGACGCCAGCAUGGGUCGAGUGGGAAGCGUAGUGGCGGAGGUGGCCUGUUCGGGCUAGGGAGGAGUUCUUCCACCAGACCACGUGCUAGCCCCAAGAGGCAUACUAGCAAACAUACACCUACUCGCAGCCAUCCACAGCGGCAACUAUCCGGCCAAAGCGCACAUCGGCCGUCGCAGAGUCGUCGUCCGAGUCAAAGUCAUCGUCAUGGUGAUUCACGCCACACAAGCCCGAGGCCUGCUGAGCAGGGCAAGGGCGCUGGGGUGAGUCGGCGGGGUACGAGCGGGAGCCAGGCGCAGAAGGCUCGGGCGCAGGUCAGUGCUAAUAGACAGGGGGCAGUGAGGCGGCCGUCGGGGAGACGUUAAUGAGCUAUUGUACGUCCGUGGAGUUUGGACUUCGCUUCUGCCUAUUAUCGAUCCGUGAUCGCCCUUCUCUCUCCUUUGUAUCAACUCCUUCAUACUUUAUUGGGCUCAUUUGUUCUCUUUGGGUGUAUAUUGGCUUCUGCUUAUUUACCUCGGGGCAUGUGUCUCUUGUGUCUGUCUCUAUUGACUAUUACUAUUAGACCAUAUGCGAGUUUGGGCUUGCGAUUUGUAUCAUUCAUGACCAUGCUACGACCUCCUUUUACUAUCUGUAUCACUCUUUGACACCGCUCGUUAUAGUUGUACAUGUACGUUGGAAUCCAUACCAGUGACUCCUUGUUGAUCGUAUCGUUAAACCCGC